AUGUGGUUGUUCUCCAUCUCAACUCCAAGGGCAGAUAUCAUACAUGAAAUGAAUAUUAUUUCUCGUGUGACUGAAAACAUAUUUCGCACCACAUUUCAAAAGCAGGACACGAAAAGCAAAUUUUUUGUGAUGAUAACAGAAUUCGAAAGAAUUUCUUAUACACUUUACGAGCGCUUUUAUUUAUUAUUUGGAACAAGUGACAUGGAAAUGACAAGAAAAUUCCAGAAGGAAACCUUAAGCAAAGCACCAUAUGCGACCGUAUCGACUUUUAAUCACAUCCUAAAAUGA